AUAAUUAUGAGAUGGUUGCCAAGGUCAAAAGUGACCCAGUAACGAUUUAUCAAUGGCCACAGCGCCAGUGUAGAACCCAUGCAUGCAUGUACUCUCAUGCUCUCUAUAGCUGAGGAUAUGCAUGCAGUCAAUUGCAGUUGACAUGGUAUCGGGAGCUCCUGGGAGGUCCUUGUACCGGGACAGGAUGUCUGAGAUGAUCUGCACAAGUGUGUGUGUGCAUGUGCAUGUGUGUAUGUACAACCAUAAUAUUAUUACUACAACAUAAUUAUACUGUGCCGUGCAUAAACUUUUAUGCUUUAUGAUAAAGCAUAUACGGUGUAAUGUCAUGAAAUGUUGUAUGUUUCCUUCCUCGAUUUUAAAUGUAGGCUCAGUAUAAUUAUGGCAUGGAGAGUUUAAAUCGCGUAUCCGUGAUAAUAAUAACAAAGUGCUAUGCUACUAAAGUUUGCACUAUCUAUCUCCUUGUGUUUUUUUCAGUUUGAAAUCGUCAUGGGGAAAAUAAUAUUAUAUUGGCCAGCUUACACAAAACUAAAAAUAGGCGCCCUCUUAGAUACAAUUAUUUUGGAGCAUAAAUAUAUCUAUAGUCAUGAAGACUAUGCUACAGUUGGCUAUGCUACUCUUAGCUCUAGAUUUAGUACUAGUUUCUUUCCUGUCUAUAUGUUCUGCUCAUGACAUUUAUGUUGAUCAAGAUACUGGAAAAGAUAACCCAUCCUGUUUGGUUGGAGGGAACGGAUGCCCUUGUUUCAGCCUCACUUACAUUGCAAAGAAUCUCAAAGAACACACCGUUAACGUAACAGUGCAUGUAAUUGGUGAGGUACAAGUAGAUAGUUUGGUGCAAUUUGAUUCAAUUGUUUUACUCUCUGUUAUCGGAGCAUUAAAUUCUCAAAAUGUAUCUAGAUUGCUUUGUGUACCCCAUCUAAAUGCCUCUGAUGGUGUAACGUGUAACGUCAGUAAUUGUUUUGCCUCUGGACUGUGGUUUUCGAGAAUCAAAUCUUUGCUCAUAUCUGGUCUGGAAAUAAUAAGCUGUGGGGUGAAGAGAGAUAGCAAAGACUUGAGUGACAAAGUGGCAAACACUAGUGUAGCAAUAACACAGUCUUUAAACGUAUUUAUUAAAGAUGUUAUCAUUUCGGCCAGUAGUGAAACUUCAUUGCUAUUUCACAAUACAUCUGGUAAUAUUUCCUUGCUUUCUGUUGUUGUGAAGAAUAAUGUGCUGCCUUCAAAAACCGUUCAACCUAGUGAAUCAUUCGCUAGAGGAAUCCAGCUAUUCAUAAAUGGAAAUACAAGCACUAAUCUAACCUUGAGAAACUGUACAAUUCUAAACAUUACGACACCUUUCUACGCAUUUCUAGAUCCUAAGGAGCUUCCUCGUGUAUAUGACAUGCUUGGUUUUGGCCUUGGUGGUGGUCUUUCAAUUUUAUUUUAUUCAAUUGGCAACUACCUGCUAAUAGAUAACUGUACGUUUGAGAACAACAGAGCUCCUUGGGGAGCUGGUAUGCUUAUGACAUUUCAACAGGAAUCGACUGAGAAUGUGAUAGUUCUCGAAAACACACAAUUCAAACAAUGCAAUGCAACAGCGGCUGGUGGAGGAAUACUUAUCGGUCUCCCGAAACGAUCGACUACAUCUAAUAACAGUGUAUACAUAAGAGCCUGUUCAUUUAGUCAUAAUAUAGCAGAAUAUGGAGCUGGCACACACAUUUAUUCGUAUUUCACUAAUUUAUCACAAGCAAAUGAACUCGUCAGAUUCUGCAAUUGCUCAUGGAUUGGAAACACAGCCAGAUACAGUCCUGCUGUGGAUGUAUCACCUGCAAUUUUUGAUUUACUUGACACAGGAUUACUUCCUACUCCUGAAUUUCGAGACUGUACCUUUAAAAGGAAUGAAAUUAUCCCUAAACAAAAGGAUAGUAAUCUAUUUGUCAAUUCAGGCAUAUUUGUUAUUAGUAGGUUUACAGUUCAAUUUGCUGGAAGACUCAACUUUGAAUCUAAUAACAGUACCGCACUACUAGUAAACUCUGGAGGAGUGUUAUUCGAAUCUAACACUGCAGCAAAUUUUUCCAAGAACAAAGCUUUCCGUGGUGGUGCCAUUGCAUUGCAUGGUUUCUCAUCUUUUGUUGCCAAUGACAACAGCCAAUUCAAUUUUAUAGGCAAUAAAGCUCUUGAGUUUGGAGGCGCAAUAUUCUACUAUACAAUUGAAGAAAGAGAAAUCUUUGAAGGCCGUGAUUGUUUCUUGACUUAUGGUGGUAAUUUCAGUUAUCCAAUUGACCAAAGAAACCUCACAUUUAGUUUCAACAACAAUACAGCAGGGGUUGCUGGGUCAGCAAUAUAUGCCUCAUCAUUCAACCCUUGCUUCUACGCAUUUAGUGGUAAAUUAAGAAAAGGACAAAAAAUCCAAGAGUUUCUCAAUAAGAUAGGCAACUUUUCAUUUGAUGGAGUAUAUAAUGUGUCUGACAUACACAAGUUGGUCUUGUCUACAACUGGUCAAGCUUUUUUUACAACUAAGAUAAAGCCAUUGCAUGCUAUCCCUGGGAAAAGAUUACUUAUACCUUUAACUUUGGAGGAUGAGCUGGAUCAAGCAGUUAGCACUGAACUUUUUGUGAGCGCAGGUGGCACUCAAGUGUCUCUGAAAAAAAGUCAUUACACUAUCAACAAAACUGUAACACUGUUUGGCAGCGAAAAUCAGAUGGGUAAUAUAACAGUAGUAUCAAUUAGUCCUUACCGAAGAAUCGAACAUUUUUUCGAUGUUCAACUCCAGCCAUGCAUGUCCUCCAGGCUAUUACUCUCAUGAUGGUUCCUGCUCUUGUUCCUCUGAAAACAAGUCACAAGCUCUUCCUGGGAUAUCACAAUGUAAUCAAAACUUCACAGCAAACCUAAAAAAUGGAUAUUGGGUUGGUUAUCACAACAAUAAUACCAGCACAUUAUACACAGGACCAUGUCCCUUUCAAUUCUGUACAUCAACAACCUCGACAAUGGCAGAGAAAUCAUUACCUACUUUGAGUGUACAGUUAUCAAACUUUGUGUGUGAAAAAAAUCGACAAGGCAUACUAUGUGGUCAAUGUAAGGGAAAUAAUUCUGUGUAUUUUCAUUCAAUCAGCUUUAAAUGCCGUAAAGAGAAUAACUGCUCGUAUGGUGCGAUCUAUUUCUUAAUAUCCGAAAUUCUGCCAGUAUUCAUUUUAAUCACACUAAUCGUUGCCUUUGAUGUGAGUUUUUCAUCAGGAAGCAAAAAUGGCUUCAUAUUGUUUUGCCAAAUUAUUCGUACUUUACCGUUAUAUUGGUCAGGAAUUGUUAAGUUGAGUAAGGAAUAUCAUCCAUUCCAAUCAGGCUACAAGAUAUUUUAUGGUAUUUUUAAUUUCGAAAUUUUUUCAGCAGAGGCGAUGUCCUUCUGCCUCUUCAAGGGUGCCACUGUAAUUGACGUUCUGGUUUUUAAGUACAUCACUGCCGUUUUUGCUUUUAUAGUGGUCAUACUCGUUGCUGUUUGUAUGAAUCACUGCUCUUGCUGUAACAGAUUGUGCAAGGCAAUGAAAAGACGGGUCUCAACAAAAUUAUGUGUCUGUUUUGCAUGGACUCUCUGCUUGCCUUGUUAUUUGCUAUACAGAAUUAGUACGUGUCUCUUUCUUUAUAUUACGAAGAGCCAAACUAACAGGAGCUGGAGGUAUUCUUGGCCCUAAAGUGACGUUCUAUGGUGGGCUGGAGUAUUUGGGACAGGAGCAUUUACGAUAUGCACUCCCUGCAAUUUUAAUUUUAGCAACAGUUGUUUCCUUUCCUCCAAUUUUGCUGCUGGUCUACCCUUCUGGACUGAAGAUCCUGGAGUUUUGUAAGCUGAGCGAGCAUCGCUUUGUAAUAUUCAUCCUUAGGUACACUCGAAUAAAUAAACUAUUGCCCAUGUUUGACGUUUUUCAAGGCUGUUUCAAAGAUAAUUAUCGUUCUUUCUCUGGACUAUACUUCAUCUAUCGUGUCGUUUUGCUAUUACCAUAUCUCUUUUACCAGAACAUAUUUGGGUAUGUGAUUCUACUGGAAGUACUUCUUGUACUAAUGCUUUACAUUCAUUGUAUUGUCCAGCCGUACAAGCUACGGAAGCAUAAUAUCAUUGAUAGUCUUCUAUUUGGAAAUUUGGCUAUGAUAAACUUGCUGUCUAUUUUGACUCUGCAAACGGUGCAAGAUAGUCAAGCUGCAA